AUGCCAUUUUUGAGUAAAGUUAUUGGUUCAUUGCAACUUUUAAUACGAAUACCACCAUCUGCGGCUGGCUUUGAUUACAGUUGGCAGCCGUAUAAUGAAGCGGCAAAGAUCGGUUUAAAGGAAUGGAAUCCGGUACAUAUUGGAUUUGCUACACCAUGCGUAUUAGUGAUUGAUGAGGAAGGACACGAAUAUUUAGGAUCAGCAGAUUUAAAGGAAGAAUUUGCAACAACAGUAAUAAAAGAUGAAGUAUUUCGGUUAGAAGGAAGUGCAAUUUACAAAUUUAAAAUAACUUAUUGCUCAAGGACAAAAAAAAAAAAAAAAAUGGGAAAUGGUGAAUCGUCGGGAACAGAAGGUGAUGGAGUUCGUAAACAAGGAAAAUCAACACCGAAACUUUAUCAACUUGUUGAUAUGUAUGGUGGUGGUGAGUUAAUACCGUGGAUGAAACAUGCUAAAAAGACAGGUGAUUCAACGAUCAUUGAUGAAUUCAUCGAGACAAAGCUGAAAGAGUUUAUGUACAAUUCCGGAAAAGGUAAAAUGGUAGCGGUAGCUGAAUUAGUGAGAAUUCGAAAUAGAGAGCGGAAUGCUAUGCUUAGUGCUUUGAAGCGUAAGAAAGGUAAAGGAAAAAGUGGGCCAAAUAUUCUCGAUGAAUUUCGACAAGAGGGUGAAAAUCAGGGUGAUUUGAAAAAAGCUCUUAAAUUACUCGAAGGUGAAGACAAACGUGGAAAAUCGGAAUGGAAAUAUCGUGAGGUAACGUGGAAAUUGGAGGAGCGUGGUUUAAUGGGCGAGAAUCUCGUUGGUGUUUGUCUCCUGCAGGGAACAGCUAUUCAUAAUCAGCUUGCGAUGAAAUUAAUUAAAGCUUAUCCAAAACUUGUCAAUGAUAUAUUCAUUAGCGAAGAUUAUUAUGGCAAUUUUUACAUCAAUUAUUAUUAUACUGAAAGUCUCUCACCUUUACAUCAAGCAAUCAUUAAUGAAGAUCCUGCCAUGGUAUUAUUCCUACUUCGACAUGGUGCUGAUAUUAAUCAACGUUGCUACGGGGCUUUUUUUUGUCCUGAUGAUCAAAAAAGCAGUCGUACCGAUUCGUUAGAACAUGAAUAUGUUGAUCUCAGUUUAAAAACUGCUUAUAACGGUCGAAUGUAUUUUGGUGAAUAUCCAUUAUCAUUUGCUGCAUGCAUCAAUCAGGCUGAUUGCUAUCGUAUUUUAAUUGCAAAACAUGCUGAUCCAAAUCGAAAAGAUACAAACGGUAAUACAGUACUUCAUCUGGCUGUAAUUCAUGAACUAUCAGAAAUGUUAAAACUCUGUUACGAUACGGGUGCUCAAUUGCAAUCGAUGAAUAAUCAGAAUUUGACACCCUUAACAUUGGCAGCUCAUUUGGCAAAAAAAGAGAUAAGUGAUGAAAUGUUUGAACAAAUUUUAAAAUUGGAAGCAAACGUAAUUUGGAUAUACGGUGACGCAAGCAGUUAUGCUUAUCCACUUGCAAAAUUGGAUACAAUUAAUCAGGAAACCGGUGAACUUAAUGACGACAGUGCUCUUUCAUUAAUCGUUUACGGAGAAACAACAAAACAUCUACAACUUCUUGAUGGUUUAUUGGGUGAUCUCUUAAAAGUUAAAUGGGAAUCAUUUGGACGAAAAAGCAAUAAUUAA